CAAAGCUAGUUAGCUAGCCGCGCAGCUGGUUAGCCUUCAUUUACGUCAGUGAGUGGAAAGAAUAACUUGAUGACAGCAUAGUUAUGAGAAGGCGUGGGUGUUUUGCCAUAUGAGGAAAGUUAAAAUGGGGCAGUGUUGUAGCCACCGAAACUACCUGAGAUAAGCUAGCAGUGGUGUGUAGCAAGCUAGCUAACAUUAAUGCUGCUGUGAUUGAUGAUAAGCAAAACGGUUAGCGUUUGUCACACUGGCUGGUGGAGCUCACAGAUAAACACCCAACAUGGAGGACUCUAGCAGCAGCAAGCCGCUCAUGGUGACAUCCUCUCUGAACUUCAAAGUCACCACCCCGUCCUUCUACAACCAGCCGAAGAAGUUUGCCUCUGUGGCACCGCCGCGGUCCAAGAGCGUGACCCCUCCCUCGGCUCCAUCACCCACACCUUUAGGCACAGCUGUGAUUGGUCGAGUGGGAGACCUUCCUCCGCCACCGCCUUCGCUCUGUGAUGACUUCCCCCCUCCUCCUCCUCCUCCUCCACUGGAUGAUGAUUUGCCAGCCCCUCCCCCCGAAUGCCAAACCACACCCUCUUCCACAGAGGCGCCCCCUCCCGCCUUCCCCGCUCCACCUCCAGUGGCGGAUGACCUGCCGCUCCCAGCUCCCCCCGAGGAGAGCGCCUCUCCGCCCUCCUGCCCGUCUCCCCCUCCUCCCCCGCCCCCUCCACCCCUCCCAGCCUUCGGUACUCCCAGUGCUGCUGGAAACCCACAGAGACUUGCGGAGAAGCAGACGAGCUUCGAUCAGCAGCUCGACUCUCUGACCGACUUGCUGUCCGAGAUGGAGACCAGGGGACCUUUCAACCCCAAGUUACCAGGCCAGUAUUCUUCAGCACCAGCACCCAAGCCUUCAGCUCCCCCUCCCACCGCCCCGAAACCAUCGCUCUCCUUCCUCCCGCCCCCUGAGAUGGGAGACCGCCCUCCCCCAGCGCCCUGGGCCGAAGAACUCAAAGCCAGAACGAACAGACACGCCAAUCAUCACAACUCCGCACCCAACUCCGCUCAGCCGUUUGCUAAGGCCCCCUCUGUGGCCCCAAAGGCUGCUUUCGGAGGGAGAACAGCAACCUCCUCAACCUCCCUGGCACAGAAACUGAACCAGAACCUGAACCAGAACGCAGUCCCUGUCGCACCGAAACCUUCCCCUGCCGCCAGCUCCUUCCCUCCGCCUUCCAGCUCCUUCCCUCCGCCUGCCAGCUCCUUCCUUCCGCCUUCCAGCUCCUUCUCUCCGCCUUCCAGCUCCUUCCCUCCGCCUCCCGCAGCCCCCCCUGCCCCACCUGCUCCACCCAGCACCACGGCCCCCGCCCCGGCCUUCAAUCACGUAAAGAGUUCUCCCUUCGCCGGGCAGGUGAACGUAAACCCUCCCCCCGCUGCUGUGCCUCCUGCUCCUCAGCCCAAGAUGAUGGCGUCCGCCCCCUCCUCCUUUAACCAACCAAUGAAAUCUCCUUCUGCAUCAACAUCCUCACCCCCCGGCCCAGUGGCUAUCCCAGGUGGAGGCGUUCCUCUGAAUAUGAGGGAGGUGGAAGAGCUGGAGAGGAUGACCAAGGACUUCAUUAGAGACAUGGACACACACGCACCCGUCAUCACCUCCCCUCCCACAGAGGUGUGUGGGAAGUGUGGCGAGGGUCUGUCCCGCACCCAGCCGGCUGUCAGGGCCAUGGAGAAGCUCUUCCACUCCAACUGCUUCUGCUGCAUGAGCUGCCACCGCCCCCUGCAGGGCAUGCAGUUCUACGACCGCGACGGGGCCCCCCAGUGUGAGGACUGCUACACGAGCUCACUGGCAGUGUGUUCCCGGUGUGGGGAGCGGAUCACAGACCGCGUGCUGAAGGCAGUGGGCCAGUGUUUCCACUCACACUGUUUCCGCUGCAGCACCUGUUCCUGCUCACUGGAGGGGGCGCCCUUCAUCACCGACGACAACAACAACCCCUACUGCGUCCAGGAUUACCACAGGCGUUUCUCCCCGCUGUGUGUGAGCUGUAACGAGCCCAUUGUUCCCUCCCCGGGCAGCGAGGAGACGGUCAGAGUGGUGGCUCUGGACAAGAACUUCCACCUUAAGUGUUACCGUUGUGAGGACUGUGCCCGCCCUCUCUCCAUAGAAGCCGAUGAAAAUGGCUGCUACCCAUUGGACGGCAAGAUCCUGUGUAUGAAGUGCCACACCCAGCGAGCCAAGCAAGCUGCGCAGUGAUUGGCCGAAGCGGCGUGACUCCGAUUUAACUAUGAACCAAAAUCCAAAAGCACAGGAUUCAUCCAGCUGGCCCCCCCCCCCUUUUUGCCUUCGCAGCAGUCAGUCAGUAUACAGGCGUGAGUGUGUGCGUGUGUGUGUGAGUGAGUGUGUGUGCGUGUGGAAGGAACAGUAUGUCUGCAUGCAGAUCCAGUGUAGUAUUCUCCUCGGUGCAGAAGUAAUGUACUGCAUUGACUUUCAUCUUUUAUUCCCCAACUCAUCCAGCCCUCUCUGUGUACAACAACAAUUCCAAUCCAUGUUUUUACGCUAACAUUUCCAGCAGAACUUGCACAAGAACAGUCAAAAAGAGCAGUCUGAUGAAAAUAUAGUUGCCUUUCUUUGUCUCGCGCCUCAAUAUUGUAAGUAGCAACCAGAUAUUGACAUUUUAAGACCCUCGCUGGCUGGUCUCUUUCCCUGUGAGCAUUGUAACCACCAUAGGAGGACCAGAUUUAACCACUCCAGUUGCUGCUGGUGGAGCAGAUCUUUAACAGUUUGGCCGUUGGUGUGCCUGCAAGCAUGGUUAAUGAUGCUUUCCUGCCUAGAGAGUGCUUCAUAUCAGCCAAUCGACUGCAUCUUAAAGACGUCUAGGGCUAAACAUUAACUGCAAAAAAACAAAACAAACAGGGAUUGUUGCUCUUAGCAUUUUGUGAUGUGAAUUAACAGGCAUGCGUUUGACUACGUCUCGUAGCUUUCUCUUCUUCGGUCAUACACACAGUAAAAGAUCAGAACAAAAAUGAGACCCUUGAGUAUUUUUACAUGCAUGCUUUUUGAAUGCACAGAUACGAACAAACAAAAGCACAGAUCCUCUUCAAAGGAUCUUAUAAAACUAAAAGAACACGUGGUUAUAAACGCCAGCUGCACGGCUGAAAACGGGACCUAUCGUGUGAUCGUUGCACAGUGAAAUAAAAAAGCCUUUAAGUGUCGCUUUGACUCUAAAGCCCCCGCACAUUAUCAAUUUUGUAUUAGUAGUAACCAUGUAGACAUACUAGUAGCUUUUGAUAUGCAUCUCUUGCUUUAAAUAAUAUAAUUUAUGGACCUUUAUUAAGGUUAUGUGUACAAAGUAACCUGUCCUUACAGUAGAUAAUAGAUAGCUUUUGCUUUAUAUCGUGACCAAAAUGUUGUAGCUGGAUUAAGAUGAGAUUCAAUGUGUGACUUUCAUGUUUGUUCUCACCUUCUCGUGUUUGAGCCCGGUUUGUCUUGGUCUUGUAUUGUUAAAGUAAAUACCACUAUUAUUUCCAUUAUUCAUCUUUUGUACCCUGUUCCUGUCGGUAUAUUCUUCUUUAUUCCUAUCUCACUGUACUGUGUUUCAUUGAUAAAUGCUUACAAUUAUUCCUUUCUGAAGCUGGAGACGUGCCUUCUCCUCUCUUGUGUCUCUGACGUAUUCCUUUUGAAUUGAGCCUACAGAAAUUCAUUCCACACACAAAGACUCGGGUCUGCUGAAACACAAAACAUGGCACCAGUUACUGAGCCGUGCAUGCUGUCUGUGUCAGUGGUGGUGUUUCCUCUAGUGUUACGUCUUUAGUUUUACUCCACCCUCCUGGCCCCGCCUCCGUCAUCACUGGCUGAUUUGAUGGCGCCUUCAUGGUUGCAUUUAUCCGGCGUUUUGUUGCGUUACGUCAUAUUGUAUUACAUGCGGAUGCCUUGUCUUUUCAUAUAACUUUAAAAAAGAUGUUUGAUAUGUGUGAAUGUGUGUAUGAUUAAAAACAUUAUUUAGCCCCCCCCCCUCCUCUCCCUUUGGCUGUAUCAAAAGAUAAACAAAUAAAUAAAUACAAUGCUGAAUAACAAA